UUAUCACCUUGCCAUUAUUAUGGAAGGCAGAGAUAUUAAACGCAACGAACAACCAGCACCAAUACUAAGUGAACAGUCGUUGCCGGACCACUCUAAUAUUCGAAAGUGAUUUUUGCGGUACAUGGUAAAGCGAAAUUUUGCCAAAUACUUAGUAUACGGACCAGCGAUAUGGUCCAUUCGGAGGAUAGUGACAAAAAACCAGGCGAUGAAAAUGAAAGGAACAAAAGUGUGGGAUGGAUGUUUUGGAAGAAGAGAAGAUACGUGGUAUCUGUUCUUGCAUUUGGCGGAUUCUUCAAUGUAUAUUCCCUAAGAGUGAAUUUAAGUAUUGCUAUAGUUGCCAUGACAGAACUGAAGAACGUGACUUUAUCCAAUGGCACUGUUGUUCUUGAACGUGAAUUUGAUUGGGACAGCGUCUUGCAGGGCUAUAUCCUAAGUUCGUUUUUCUACGGCUACAUUACGACGCAACUAAUCGGUGGAUACUUGGCGUUACACUUUGGGGGAGUGAAAAUUUUCGGUGGAGGAAUUGCUAUUACAGCAGCAUUGACACUAGUAACUCCUUGGCUUGUUAAAACAAACGUCUACCUUUUACUGGGAGUGAGGAUUAUAGAAGGUAUAUUUGAGGGUGUUACAUUUCCAAGUAUACAUGGCGUUUGGUCCAAAUGGGCCCCACCAUUAGAAAGAAGCCGAUUGGCAACUAUAGCGUUCUCUGGAUCUUUCAUCGGUACCGUGAUUGCGAUGCCCCUAAGUUCAUAUUUAGCCAAUUCCUUUGGAUGGCCCAGUAUUUUCUAUUUUUUCGGUGGCCUGGGUCUAUUAUGGUUUCUGGUGUGGAUAAUCGUGGUAGCUGAUACACCAGAUCAAGAUUCUAGAAUUAGUCCAGAAGAACUAGCAUAUAUACAUGAAACUCUCAGUAACAGCGACAAAAACAAGACUGCAAAAAUGCCAUGGAGGGCGGUUUUAACUUCCAUGCCAGUGUGGGCCAUCACAGUGUCGCAUUUUAGUGAAAACUGGGGAUUUUACACGCAACUGACUCAGUUGCCUACUUUUAUGAAGCACGUCCUGGAGUUCGACUUGGAGAAGACAGGGUUCAUGAGCGCACUUCCAUACCUUGUCAUGUCCAUUAUGCUUCAGUUUUCCGGUCAGUUGGCCGACUGGUGUCGAGUGAAGGGAUACCUAACCACAACUCAAGUAAGAAGGGUUUUCAACUGUGGGGGAUUCCUAGGCCAAACGGUGUUCAUGCUCAGCGCCGCUUUUUGGCUUUCACCCGUUGGAACCACCUUGUGCGUGACCCUAGCUGUGGGACUUGGUGCCUUCGCAUGGGCUGGAUUCAGUGUAAACCAUUUGGACAUAGCUCCUAAACAUGCUAGCGUAUUACUUGGACUCAGCAAUACUUUCGCCACUCUACCAGGCAUAAUAAGUCCAAUUUUGACUGGAUAUAUCGUAACCGAUAAAAAGAGCGCUGACGACUGGAGGAUAGUCUUCUACAUCUCAGCAGGAAUUUAUCUUGUUGGGGCAGUAAUAUAUGGCCUUUUCGCAUCUGGUGAAAUUCAACCAUGGGCCAUCGAGAGUGAACCCCUAAAUCAGGGGGUGGAACUACAUGUAGAAAGAAAUAAACUGCAAGAUAAAAUGAGCUAUGAGAACAAGGGUUUUGAACCUAGUAACACAUGAAAUUUAGGUUAUGUUUUGAUAUUAUAUUUUGUACAAAAAAAACGCUUUUUUUUCUGAAGCUACAAUUAAUCUAGAUUCUUACUGUAAAUAUUUAACAUUCGUCUUCUGAAAAUUUUGUUAAAGAUUUAUAUUGAGUGAUUCAGGGUUAAACCGCCAUACGUAAACCCUGCAUAGGAAAUUUUAUUUUAAGCAAAAAAAGUUUACAUAAACAUGUAUCCGAAAAUGUUUACUAAGAACAGUUUCUAAAACCAUUUAACGUAAAUGUAGAAUUUGGGUGCAAAAAUUAAACUGAAGCAAGUGGUUGUUUCAAAGUUAAAAUUUUUCAGAAUUAUUAAUCAGUGGUGUACUUAUAGGGGUUCUGUGAAACUAACUUUAAUCUCAAUUACAAACUGUUUUUGGGAAACACUAAUAAAAAAAAGCAGCAACAACAAUUACUUUAUUAGAAAAAAAAAAUGAAAAUGGAAGAGAAGAAAAUGUGUCGUCGAACAGCAGCUAAUUAAAAAAAUAAUAAUAAAACCGGCUCAAAACGGCCGCCAUCAUUUUCAAUGCAAUGUUUGCAUCUACGGACGACAGAUUGUGACUCUGAUGGUGUGAUUUCUUGGGCUGCUUGAACAAUCUUUUCCCGGAGAGUAUAGCUUCGUCGUUAAUGGACAUGACAUGACUCUUCGUUGUACCCCAUACAAAAAAAUCUAAGGGGUUCAAAUUCGGAGAGCGCACAGACCAAGGGAGCAGUUUUGACCGCUACCAAUCUGUCUUUCCGGAAAAUAAUUGUGGUGCAGCCAUCGUCUGACUGGUAGAGCAGGAUAUCCUUCUAACUAACCUCUGUUUGCUCCAUUAACUAGAGGCAUGUCAUCUAAGACUGUUUCAAAAUCAUUUUCCAAGAAACGAAGAAAAGCAGGACCAUUUAGCCGUGGAGGCAGAAAAUACGGACCAAUGAGUGAGUUGUCGUAUAAUCCCAUCCAGAUAUGAGCAUAAUGCUGAUUAAAAAUACCAGCACGGAUAAAAUUGCCUGGUCAGUCCAAAUCACCCCAACGAGAGUAAAAAGCAUCAUUUCUUAUUUGCCCCAAGAACCAUUCUCUUUUUCGUGGCAAGUCUUCAGGCAGCAAAUUCUGAACUGUAUGCGUGAUGGCCAAUUGCUUUCAAAGUCUUGGUCAGAGACUAAUUGUAAAAAACAUCUCCACGUGCCAUUGGAAGGCAUUUCGUCAAAGUGAUGUAAGAUAUUUUGUGUUUUAUCACUUUGAAGGAGUAGGGAAAUACUGUCUGCUCGCGAUUGCAAUGAGGCUGAUUCUGUUGCUCUUAGACAUUGAAAACUAUUGGAAAAUAAUUAUCUGUGGGGCCAUCUCCUUAGAAGAAAUCUGCGGGCGUACUCAGCUGCUGCAGCGUGCGUAAUACCAUCAUAAUACCCGUUAACAAACACAUUGACAGUCUACGCAUAAACGCACAUAAAAUUUGAGUUAAUAAAUUGACAUGUCAAAGACUGCCAAACUUCAAUAUAAACCCUCAAUUGUUGUCAAAGCCUACUAAACGCUGUAGCGCUCUUAGAAAGCAUUUGUGCAUACAUACAGGCUGUUACCAAUACGCUUCUCACUACAAGGAUCUCGCAAACAGUAACAGAUACGAAGUAGCUUAA